GGGCCGGGGUUCCUGAUGAGCAUCGCCUUCCUCGACCCGGGCAACCUCGAGGGCGACCUCCAGGCCGGUGCCACCGCCGGCGACACGCUGCUCUGGCUGCUCCUCUGGGCCACCGCCAUGGGCCUGCUCGUCCAGCUGCUGGCCGCGCGCCUCGGGGUGGCCACCGGGAAGAACCUCGCCGAGCUAUGCCGCGACGAGUACCCGGACUGGGUGCGCCGCGCGCUCUGGCUCAUGGCCGAGGUCUCCAUGGUCAGCGCCGACAUCCAGGAGGUCAUCGGGAGCGCCAUUGCCAUCAAGAUCCUCAGCCGCGGCUUCCUUCCCAUCUGGGCCGGCGUUGUCAUCACUGCAUUAGACUGCUUUAUCUUUCUUUCCCUUGAGAACUAUGGAGUGAGAAAAUUGGAGGCUUUAUUUGCAGUUCUGAUUGCAAUAAUGGCCUGGUCCUUCGCGUGGAUGUUCAUAGAAGCCAAACCCAGCGGGAAAGACCUAAUCAUUGGUAUUUUGGUUCCUAAGCUGAGCUCAAGAACACUAAGGCAAGCAGUUGGGAUAGUCGGAUGUGUCAUCACGCCACACAACGUGUUCCUCCAUUCCGCCCUCGUGCAAUCACGAAAGAUCGACCAGAAUAAGGAAUACCAAGUCCGCGAAGCGUUGAGGUACUACAGCAUCGAAUCAACCUUGGCACUGGUAGUGCCCUUCAUGAUAAACCUGUUUGUCACGACGGUUUUCGCAAAAGGGUUUUACGGUACCGAAGUGGCGGGCACCAUUGGGCUUGAAAAUGCUGGACAGUAUCUCCAAGACAAGUUUGGGGGAGAUUAUUUCCCCAUCCUGUCUAUCUGGGGAGUUGGCUUACUAGCCGCCGGCACGAGCAGCACCAUAACCGGCACCUAUGCUGGUCAGUUCAUAAUGGACGGGUUUCUGAAUUGGAGGCUGAAGAAAUGGAUGAGGGCGAUUAUCACUAGGAGCUUCGCGAUCGUGCCGACUAUAGCUGUCGCUCUGUACUUCAACACCACUGAAUCUGCGCUGGAUGUUCUCAAUGAGUGGCUCAAUGUGCUGCAGUCGGUUCAGAUCCCGUUCUCGCUCAUACCACUGAUAACGUUGGUGUCCAAGGAGGAGGUCAUGGGAGUGUUUAAGAUAGGAUUGACAACGCAAAUUGUGACAUGGACAGUUGCGUCUCUGCCAAUCGUGAUCAACGGCUACCUCUUGCUGGAUUUCUUCUCCUCGGAGAUCAGAGGCCCGAUAUCUGGCUCGCUACUCUGCGUGGCUGUGCUCGCUUAUGCCGCGUUCCUACUGUAUCUUAUCCUCCGGUGCACGGAGCUGUCUAACCAUGUAUUUAGACCAGUAAACAAGAAUAGCUUCACAUGAAUAUGGGUAGGGUGUAUAGUUGAAUCAGUUUUGUUGUACCAUAGCUUAAUGAUUUAGGAUCAUGUAGUAGAUUUUACGAAAGACUUGAGAAGGAUGAUCUUCAGUUGAGAAGAGCUUGUAUAUCUUGUAAUUCUAUAGUUCGUUCUAUGA